UCUACUUAAUACUUAUUCUACUUAUUUAAUAAUUUAUAAAGUUGAAUCCGAAAUCGUAGUUGCAUAUUUUCUUUAGGUUUUCUAUAUUGUAAGGACGAUCGUUAUUUAUUUGAUUAAGUGUGAAAAUAAUAUUUCUACAUUGCAUUUUUCCUGUUUAGUAAAUGAAAUGAAUCAAAACGGUUUUAGUACUGGUGAAGAAGAUUCACGUGGUCCACUUGACAAAAUUUGCUGUUUACAGGAAGACGGAUUUCGGUGUCAACGACAAGCUGGAAAUGCUUCUUAUAGUAAAAAAAUUCGCAACACUGUUAGACAACUUAAAUUACAUUUGGACGCUGUUGCAAGACAUAUCUAUAUUUGUGAUCAUCACAAGAGUAUGAUUCAAAGUGCUAGAACACUGAAACCAUCUAGUCAAGAUGAAGCACCAGAGGUAGAUUUUUCACAGCUACAGAUGAAUACCCUUAGGCGUUAUAAAAAACAUUUCAAAGUAGUGACUAAACCCAGUCUGAAUAAAGCUCAAAUGGCAGAGACAUUGUUAAACCAUUUCAAGACAAUAUCAGUGAACGAAAAAGAAGCUCUUACAUUCUUCAUAUAUACAAUCAAGACUAAUGGUAAUAAAUUAGAUCAAAAAAAUGGAAAUAAUAAUUCAGAUACACCGUCAUAGGGUUAUUAUAUAUUUUUAAUUUGUACAAAAUUAU